UCUUGGUCUAUCUGGCAGCACUAGUUCUAUUUGCCAGCGACGUUGCGUGAACAAAAUAUUUCACAAAAAUAAUAAUUUAUAAUUUAACUAGCCCCUGAUGUGAAGUGUGCUUGAUAAAAAGGUUAACCAAAAAUCAGAGUGAUGAUAAUGCGCCGUGAUUUCUGUGCGUCAGUCUUGUAAAAUUCGCAAUCGGAGAAUGAAAAUUAUGGCACAAAAGUGAAGCGCAAAAAAUUCACAUAGAAAUAUCCCAGCCUCGAGAGCUUGAGUGAAUAAACGAGAAAACAGUGCAAUUGCGAUUGUGAGUGUAUGUGUAUGUGUGUGAGAGUGUGUUAGAAUUCACAUUUUACGUAAAAACAUUAACAGGAAUACAUCUUUAAUCAGCAAAAUAUUUAAUGUUAAAUCGCAGUAGAGGCAAAUGGAAUAAGAUCUUGCAGCUUCUAGCGCGGUGGAGCUUGAAUUAUCAAAUACAAAUCAAUUAAGAGAACAAAAAGAAAAAGCAAUAGAAAUUUAAAACGAGUAUUUUAAAAACUCUUAAUUCUGUUGUUUGCGGCCACAGCUGUUGUUGUUAGUGUUGUUAAACGUCAAUUCAGUAGAAGCAGUACAAUCCGGCAGCAGCAGAUAAGUCUGAGAGCGUAUUAUGGAUAACGAAGCGUUAGAAGCAGCAACAAAAACCACGACAGCAGCAGCGGCAACAGCGGCGGCGGCGGUGUCAUCAGCGUCAGCGAUAGAGGCGACAGCGCCCUCCAAAAGCGAGACGGCCACAACAACAACAAAUAACAACAACACUAUUAAAGUCACAACCGCCUCUAACGGUAUCAAAGAGAAUAACAGUAGCUUUAGUACAACAGCAACAACUCCAGCAACAGCAACAACCCCGAUUAUUGUGACCAGCGGAAUCGUUGCUACUCCCGUCAAAAGCGAGGCUAACAAGACAGACAAGGACAGCACGCCGCCCCGUGAUGCACCGCCACUCACUCCUCUCACAAAGGGCUUGAACCUAACCGGCACUCCACUGGUGCGCAAGGAGAAGCGACAGAGCAGCACCCGUUAUAAUGUGUCCAAGAACUGCGAAUUAACGCCGCUAAGCACGCUGAAUGAAAGUGCUAUAAACAUAAAUUGCGCAAACAAAAGAAAAACCAUUAGAAAAAUUAACUUGAAUAGUGUCGCCUUUUUCCUACUCACCAUCGUUCCUGUCUGUUGUUGUUGGUUGUUUGUUUGUUUGUUCGUUCAAUGUUUUGAUUGUUAUUCAGGAGUCGCUCAAUUAGCAAAUGCGCGUAUUAAGCCAAAGUGCGCCGCCAUUAAACCAAGUGCGGCUCUAAUG